AUGGCAGACCGCGAACGUGCUCUAUUGUCGCCAAUACCCUCACAAUCGCCUCUGGAACAAUGUGGACAAGGUGAUAAAGGAAUUUUACCGUUUGAAGGGAAACAUGUGUCUAUAAUACGCGACGGAGCAUUAACAGGUGCUGUUGAUCAGACUGCACUAACAGGCAGUGCGACUUCACAGUCUGCUGAAAGCAGUAGCAAGGUAUCUGGUUCGACCGGGGUAGAGGGUUCUCGUAGGCGAACAAGGGCAUCGAAACCUGGUGCACACGAUAUCGAAAAAGGACAAGUAGGAGGUUCGAACGGUGAUGAAGGGGGAGUUGCGGAUGAUGCCAGCAAGCAAAAUGCUGCAGGCGAUGACAUUACGGGCGGGGCACACCUUUCCGACGAGGAGAAGCUGGGAAGGUGCAAGACUGGUUUAAGUGUCAGUUCGAAUCAAAAAGACACAGCUCCGCCUAGAAGAGACAUACGAGAUCGCGUGUUGCACUUUACGCCAUCCUGGUUCAGUGUGACGAUGGGCACCGGAGUCCUUGCCACCCUCUUUCUGCUUCUUGGCCAAGUAUGGCCCUCGCUUCUGGUCGGACUUCGAUAUCCGGCGAUUGUGUGGAUCGUCGCGGAUGUCAUAAUAUUUAUUCUAUUCGCAGCCAUGUUUUCUGCGCGGUACAUCAUCUGGCCACAAGUCCUCCCACUGACCGUCAAGCACCCUCAAAAGUCCAUGUUCCUCGGCACGCCCGUGAUGGGCUUGGUGACGAUCAUUAGCGGCAUAGCGCAACUCGGCACGCGGGAAUUUCACCUCGGUCUUUCUUGGACGGUGGUCAUGACGGGCUUCUGGUGGCUUACUGUCGCCCUAAGCUUGUUGACUAGCGUAGGUAUACCGUGGAGUAUGAUGACAUAUCAAGAUCACUACUUCGAAGGGACAACCGCGGCGCUGCUUCUGCCGAUUGUACCGCCAAUCACAGUAGCAGCAGUAGGGUCGACGCUGUGCGACUUGCUCAUCGAGUACGGCGGAGAGCCGUACUAUGCCUAUUCAUGGACGAUCAUGUGUACCAGUUACCUCGUCCUCGGCGUCGGUCUGCCGCUGGCACUUGCUGUGCUCGUACUCUACUUUCAACGAUUGUUGCUUUUCAACAGCCCGCCAAGGGAGACCAUCAUCAGCUGCAUGCUCCCCCUGGGCCCUUGUGGACAAGGAGGUGAAGCGGUACUGCAUCUAGGCCAGGUGGCAAUGAAGCUCUUUCCGUACAUUUCGCGGCCCGUCGAGCGGACUGGCAUCCCGCAGCUCUUUGACGUCGGACAAGCGAUGUACGCCGCUGGCUUGAUCGGGGCCCUUUUCCUCUGGGCGCUUGGAAUCUGGUGGCUGAUGAUCGCCAUGUUGACGAUUCUGAGGGAGCGCAAAGAGGGGAGGCUACCGUUCAACAUGGGCUGGUGGUCCAUGACGUUCCCAGUCGCGUCAAUGGCGAUAUGCACUGCGCGACUGGCCCUCACGCUCGACUCGCUUGCGCUCAAGAUUACAUACACAGGCUUCGUCUUCGCCAACGUCAUCUUUUGGGCUGCUGUUGCAGUCCCGACGGCGAAGGGAUUCUGGACGGGCGAGCUGCUACAAGCGCCGUGCAUUGCAUCGUUGCCGCUUCAACGGUGA